AUGUCCCAGGUUGAUCAGUUAAACACCAUUGAAAGAGAUAUUGCUGAAACUCCAGGUACCACUGUUAUUAGUGCUGAUAACCUUAAUGAUAUUGCAAAUGUUGGUUUAAACAAGAAGAAGGGUUCUCAAGGUAUUAUCUUAAUUCCACAACCAAGUUUGGACCCAAAUGAUCCUUUAAAUUGGUCAAGGUUUAGAAAAGAGUUACAUUUUGGUAUCUUGUGUUUAUUCACUAUUUUACUUGCAGGAUUUUCAGCUUGGUGUCCACCUCUUUAUUCAGUUUUCAUUGCAAACUUGAAUGUCUCCAUUAAUCAAUUAAAUAAUGGGUUAGCAUUCCAAUUCUUAUUUCUUGCUGUUGGUUGUGCACUUUUACAACCUUUAAGUAUGAAGAUUGGUAAAAGACCAGUCUAUUUGUUAGAAACAGUUAUUGCCUUGGUUUCACAUGCAGUGCUUUCUACUGCAACUGAUGAAAAAAAAUAUUAUGCCUUUGGAAGUAUUAAUGGGUUCAGUUGUGCAGCUAUGGAUAGUUUGAUUCAAAUUUCAAUUGCUGAUAUUUUUUUCCUUCAUGAACACGGUUCAAGAUUUGGUAUUUAUGUCUUUUGCUUGAGUUGUGGAAGUUUUUUCGCCCCAAUGUUAUCACCAUUAGUUGUUAAUAGUAUGAAAGGGGAUUGGAAAUGGUGUUGCUAUGCUAUUAUUAUAAUGGCUUCAGGUCUUUUCAUUAUUCAAGUUUUCUUUUUGGAAGAAUCUUUAUUUAAAAGAACUUUAUUUGAAACACAUGAAAAUGAUGAAAAAUUAAUUACUGUUGCCUUAUCAAAUGUUGAACAAUCCAUGAGUAAUGACCCAAACCAAAAAGAACUUUAUAACAUUGUUAGUAAAAGAGUUCGUGAAAACUUGGAAUCAAUUACUUCACGUUCCAAUAAUGAUAAAAUCAGUACUAGUGAACCAAAAAGUGAAACAAAUACAAAAAUUGAUACUGUUUUGGAAAUUCCUGCAAAUAAAGGGUUUAUUAGAAGAAUGUCUGUUUACAAUCUUGAGCAAGCUAUUGAUACUAAACUUUGGAAAUUAACUUUAAACCCAUUCAGAACUCUACUUUAUCCAGCUGUCAUUUGGGGUUCAUUAGUGUAUGGUAUUCAAAUUUGUUGGUUAUCUUUAGUUGGUAUUACUCAAUCUCAAUUCUUCUUUGCACCACCUUACAAUUUUUCAACUAGCUCUGUUGGUUUAGUUAACUUGGCUUCAUUUGUUGGUUCUAUAUUUGGUGCAAUUUACCUUCAUUAUACUGAUACUUUCCAAGUUUACAAAAGUAAGAAAAACAAUGGUAUUUUUGAACCAGAAUUUAGAUUAUGGACUAUGAUCCCAGUCAUCAUCAUUAAUUCUUGUGGGUUGUUGAUGUAUGGUCUUGGUGUUCACAGUGGAGUUCAUUGGAUAUGCCCAGUUAUUGGUAAUGCUUGUAUUGCUUUUGGUCUUGGUGGUGGCUCAGCACUUGCCAUGGUUUAUGUUCUUGAAUCAUAUCCAAAACAAAGUAUGGAGACAAUGGUUGCUGUUUUAGUCGUUAGAAACUUACUUGGUAUGGUUUUCACUUUUGUUUUCCAAGAUUGGUUAGAUGCUAUUGGGUUAGUCAAGACAACUUGGAUGCUAUUUAUGUUUUGUGUUCUCAUCAAUGGGUUUUUCAUCUUGUUUAUUUACAAAGGUAAGAAAUUUAGACAAAUGACUGCUAAACUUUACUUUUCAGCAACUGCUGAAGCAAACUAUAAUUGA